GAUCAAUUAACCCACCCCGCCAAAUACCCAAACUCCAAAGGAGGUCCUAAUUUUUCUAAUUUUUUCCUCGAGUUUGUCGCCUCCUUUUAUUCUUUCCAGCCGUCUUUACUGAUAGCCAGUCCCUCAAAAUGGAGGUGGAUAAUCAAGUGGAUCCAGUCGAGGAGGAGGAAGAAGAGGAAGAGGAUGACAACGUGAUGGAUGAUGAUGCUGAUUACGUCCCUCCCGAGGAGAUGCAUGCUGGUGCCUCUAGUGGCCGUCAGGGAUCAGUCUCAGGACUACUGACCACGCCUCUAAAGAGCCCCCCAGCUAAGGAAUAUGCCGACAAGCUCGCCGACGACAGGGUGAAGAGGUUCAACUAUCUUUUGGAGCAGACGGAACUGUUUGGUCACUUUAUGAGUGCCUCUACCAGCAAGUCACCGAAAAGUCCACACAAGUUCAAGGCUCCAAUGGACAAACGGAAGCGACGGUCCUCUGAAGGAGCAUCCACGCGACAUCGAAUGAGCGAAGCCGACGAAGAGGACGACUUUCUUGAAGAUGAUUUGAACGACACGGCCAUUACUCACUUCACCGAGAAUCCUUUUUUCAUAAAGAACGGGAAGAUGAGAGAUUAUCAGGUCCGUGGUCUCAACUGGAUGAUAUCACUUUACGAAAAUGGGAUCAACGGGAUACUGGCUGACGAAAUGGGUUUGGGUAAGACUUUACAGACAAUAGCGUUGCUGGGGUACAUGAUACAUUUAAGAGACGUUCCCGGUCCACAUAUUGUCAUAGCACCAAAGAGUACCCUGGCAAACUGGAUGAUGGAGUUCAAGAGAUGGUGUCCAUCCAUUGUUACCAUUUGCCUCAUUGGUACACAAGAGGAGAGGGCUCGUAUUAUCAGCGAAGAGAUUCUGCCUGGCGAAUGGAAUGUCGUCAUAACGUCGUACGAGAUGGUUUUGAAAGAGAAGGCGACUUUUAAGAAGUUCAGCUGGAGGUAUAUGGUGAUUGACGAGGCUCACAGGAUCAAGAACGAAAAAUCCAAAUUGUCAGAGAUUGUUCGUGAGUUCAACACAGCUAACCGUCUCCUGCUAACUGGUACUCCUCUUCAAAACAAUCUUCACGAGCUUUGGGCUCUACUUAACUUUUUACUACCAGACUUCUUUGACUCAUCAGAAGAUUUUGAUGCCUGGUUUAAUAAAAGUAACCUCGAAGACUCCAAACUUGUUGAUCGUUUGCAUACUGUUCUCAGACCUUUCCUCUUGAGGAGACUAAAAUCAGACGUGGAGAAGAAACUGCCACCGAAGAAAGAAACUAAAGUAUAUGUAGGACUCAGUAAAAUGCAACGAGAAUUGUAUACUGGUAUAUUGCUUAAAGACAUUGAUGUGGUGAAUGGAGUAGGCAAAAUGGAGAAGGUCAGACUACUCAACAUUCUAAUGCAGCUGAGGAAAUGCUGCAAUCAUCCUUACCUUUUUGACGGAGCUGAACCAGGUCCUCCUUAUACGACAGAUUCUCACAUAGUCUACAACUGCGGGAAGUUGAGUCUUCUUGAGAAGCUCCUCCCUCGUCUACAGAGCGAGGGAUCACGAGUACUCAUAUUCUGUCAGAUGACGAGAAUGUUGGAUAUUCUUGAAGACUACUGCCUUUGGAAGGAGUAUAAGUAUUGCAGGCUUGACGGCCAGACUGCGCAUUCCGACAGACAAGACUCGAUCAACGAUUUCAACCGCCCCGGAAGCGACAAAUUCAUUUUUAUGCUCUCCACCCGAGCAGGGGGUCUGGGCAUUAAUUUGGCUACGGCUGACGUCGUGAUAUUGUACGAUAGUGAUUGGAACCCUCAGGUUGAUCUCCAGGCUCAGGAUAGGGCCCAUCGUAUAGGACAGACGAAGCAGGUGAGGAUAUUUCGAUUUAUAACGGAGAACUCUGUGGAAGAGAGGAUCGUGGAGAGGGCUGAGAUGAAACUGCAUCUUGAUCAAGUUGUUAUUCAACAAGGUCGUCUUGUUGAUAGUCAUAAAAGAGUUGGUAAGGAUGAGAUGUUGCAGAUGAUUAGACAUGGAGCUGAUACCGUCUUCCAGUCCAAAGAGUCGAUGAUACAAGAAGAAGACAUUGAUGCUAUAUUAGCAAAGGGUGAAGAGCUCACAGCUAAAAUGGCCGAGAAGAUGAAUAAGCUAGGAGAGAGUCAGCUAAGGAACUUUACGCUUGAUGCUCCAACCGGCAGCGUCUAUGAGUUUGAGGGUGAGGACUUCAGAGAAAAAAGAAAAGAAGCAGCCUCAAUGGUUCACUGGAUAGAGCCUCCAAAAAGAGAACGAAAGACCAACUAUGCCGUUGACGCUUACUUCCGUGAAGCUCUCCGUCUCUCGGAACCCAGAGCUCCAAGGGCACCGCGGCCACCAAAACAACCCACCGUCCAAGAAUUCCAGUUUUACCCGCCUCGCCUGUUUGAGAUACUAGACCAAGAGAUUUAUUAUUAUCGUAAAUCCAUCGGAUAUAAAGUUCCGAUAAAUCCUGACCUUCCUGACGCUGCCACUGUCCAGAAGGAGGAGCAACAGAAGAUUGACUCUGCGGAGCCUCUCAGCGAGGAACUGGCCAAGGAAAAAGAAGAAUUACUGCAACAGGGUUUUUCAGAUUGGAGCCGGAGGGACUUUAAUCAGUUUGUGAAGGCUACAGCGGAAUACGGUAGAGAUGAUGUGGACAGCAUCUGCAAAGAAGUGGAAGGGAAAAGCGAAGAAGAGGUGAAAGAGUAUUCUCGGGUUUUUUGGGAGCGUAAAGACGAGCUCCAGGACUUAGACAGAGUGAUGAGUAUCAUUGACAAAGGAGAGCAGAAGAUUCAGAGGAAGAAAGACAUCAAGAAAGCACUGGAUGCCAAAAUGGCUCGGUAUCGCUCCCCGUUCCACCAGUUGCAUAUUGUGUAUGGGACAAAUAAAGGAAAGAAUUAUACAGAGGAAGAAGAUAGGUUCCUUAUCUGUAUGUUGCACAAGUUAGGUUUCGAUAGGAUCAAUGUGUACGAUGAAAUAAGGACGGCUAUAAGAUAUGCCCCGCAAUUCCGGUUUGACUGGUUUAUCAAGUCUAGGACGGCACUGGAGCUACAGCGAAGGUGUAACACAUUGAUAACACUCAUAGAGAAAGAGGUUCAAGAACUCGAGGAAGAAGAAGAGAAAAAGCAAAGAAAAAGAGGACCUAAACUCAAAAUUACAGGGACAGUUGCUAGAUCUGGGGCUGGCCCUGGACAUAAGAGAAAAGGAGGGGCUGAAGCAGGAGAAGGGGGAGGAGGCAGAGGAAGAGGAAAGAGGAGGAGACAGUGAAGACUGUCUUUUCAUACAUCAGAAACUACUACUCAUUGGGUUUACAUAUUUUUCUUUUUUUCUCUCUCUUUCAUUAAUAAUGCACU